AUGGAAGGGAUUAACAACGUUAAUCCUUUGAAGGAUAAAGACCACACAAAAAAGUUGGUACUCUAUGUUAACCCGCGACAAUAUGAUAGAAUAAUAAAAAGAAGACUAGAAAGAGAUCGAUUGAUGGAUCGUAGAGGAAAGCCUAAAAAUACAUACGUACCAAUUGCAAUACGAGAACUUUCAAUGAACUUGUUCAAAAAAGACAGUUUUCCAACAAAUUUUGAUAAAAACAAUUUCCUAAAUAACAACUCAAAGAACCAAAAAAAUAACCAGAAGAAUGUGUACCCAAUUAAUCCUAAAAUAAAUAAUGGUCUAAUCAAGAGCCCCCAAGUACAUGGAACCAUGUACAAUAACAAUAAUUUUUAUAAAGGAUAUCUAGACAAUUUUAACAAGGGUUUGAAACUAGAUCCUUCUUUGUGUAAUAAAAGCCUAGGUAUCAAGAACGAUAGUCUAUCCACCAAUAAACUCAUAAAAUUUAAUUCACAAAACUCAAUACCGAAUACACUUUACAGCUUACAACACAAUAAUAGUUUCAAGUGUUAUAAUGUUAAAGAUCCAAAAAUGGGCAAUAUAACUAAAUUCGAGCCAAUUUCUUCAAAUAUGGAACAUUAUAACACAUACGAAACACUCUUAUUCAAUUCACCCCUUACCCCUGUAUCCACUACCAUUCCAAACACGUUUAAUCAACAAGCGAACCCCAAUGGCAUGUACAAUGCAAAUAACAUUGGUAAAAAAGUUAAUAACAAUCCUCCAAGUGUCCCAAUUCACCCGCAAAAUAAAACCUUUCAAAAGUCUAAUGAUAAGCUAAGUUCUGUCCGAGAUAUUGCAACGCCCGCUAGUGUAAACAGCAGGGAGGAGAUAAAGAAUAAUUACUUGCAUCUUAAUGGUUCCCCCUACUCGGAAAGCUCCAUAGAUUCAGAAGUUGUUACUAAAACAGAACAAAUCUAUAACAUUAAUCAAUAUGGAAUAGUGAUAGACACGAACCCUGAUGUAACCUCAGGACUGAGUAACCCAUGCUCAAUGGACGGAAACAUAGAUAAUAUCGACUCCAGCAUCAUUGACAGCAGCCAGGAUUUCAGCUAUAUGACCAACGAAGACUUUUUGGAAACAUAUUGCGACGGUAUGUAUGGCAAAGCACAGUUCGGUUUAAUGUUUUUUGGAGAACAAUCUAACAAAACCUCUUCAACAGUUGAAGACAAGGAUUUAAUUUUUGGAAGCAUUAGCAGUACAUCAAGGAGCAGUGCCCACAGUAUCGACGUUCUGGGUACAGAAUAA